CAGGGAAAACUUCUCCCAAGCCCUUGAGGUUUUUAUGCCGAGAGUUGUUGGUCUGUUUUUGUCUCCUCAGCCUGCAAGUCCCGAGGGUCCAACCUGCGGGUGCACUUCAAGAACACCCGUGAGACCGCCCAGGCCAUCAAGGGCAUGCACAUCCGCAAGGCCACCAAGUACCUGAAGGAUGUCACCCUGAAGAAGCAGUGUGUCCCCUUCCGGCGCUACAACGGGGGGGUGGGGCGGUGCGCGCAGGCCAAGCAGUGGGGCUGGACCCAGGGCCGGUGGCCCAAGAAAAGUGCUGAGUUCCUGCUGCACAUGCUGAAGAACGCGGAGAGCAACGCUGAGCUCAAGGGUCUGGAUGUGGACUCCCUGGUGAUCGAGCACAUCCAGGUGAACAAGGCCCCCAAGAUGCGCCGACGCACCUACCGGGCGCACGGCAGGAUCAACCCCUACAUGAGCUCCCCCUGCCACAUCGAGAUGAUCCUCACCGAGAAGGAGCAGAUCGUCCCCAAGCCCGAGGAGGAGGUUGCUCAGAAGAAAAAGAUAUCCCAGAAGAAGCUGAAGAAGCAGAAGCUCAUGGCUCGGGAGUAGAUCUGUAGAUCUGUACAGGAAUAAAAGUAAAAGUUAAGAGUU